CCGAGGCUCUCCGUGCCGCCUUGGGUGGUGACCAAGCGGAGUUUUGAUCAGGCGCACGCCGCGGACAGCCCGAUGCUCGCCCGGCUUCGGCGGGCGAGGGAAGACCCGAGAGUCGCAGGCUGCGCAAGAUGGCGACGGUGGCCGCAUCCUCGGCGUCCGAGCCGGAGGUUGAGCCCCAGGCCAGGCCCGAGGCGGAGGGAGAGGAGGAUGAGACGAAGGCAGCCGGCGUGGGGAGGAAGGCGCUGUCCCGCGCUGUGGCCGCGGAGGCGGCUAAGACCAAGGGCCCAGAGUGGGACCUGCAUCCGCAGGAAGGCGUGAGCGAGAGCGACGGGGAUGAGGAGGACGCCAUGGCUUCCUCGGCCGAGAGCUCCCCGGGCGAGGACGAAUGGGAGUACGACGAGGAGGAGGAGAAGAACCAGCUGGAGAUCGAGCGGCUGGAGGAGCAGCUGUCCAUCAAUGCCUAUGACUACAACUGCCACGUGGAGCUCAUCAGGCUGCUGCGGCUGGAAGGGGAGCUCAACAAAGUGAGGAUGGCCCGCCAGAAGAUGAGUGAGACCUUCCCCCUGACUGAAGAGCUCUGGCUGGAGUGGCUGCACGAUGAAAUCAGCAUGGCUGUGGACGGCCUGGACCGCGAGCACGUGUACGAGCUCUUCGAGCGAGCCGUGAAGGACUACAUCUGUCCGAACAUUUGGCUAGAGUAUGGCCAAUACUCUGUUGGUGGCAUUGGCCAGAAAGGCGGCCUUGAGAAGGUCCGCUCUGUGUUUGAAAGAGCUCUGUCAUCUGUUGGCUUACACGUGACGAAAGGCCUGGCCAUCUGGGAGGCCUACCGGGAGUUUGAAAGUGCCAUUGUGGAAGCUGCUCGGCCCGUAGCUGCCUUCCUUUCCCCUACUGACCGGGAACAAACCUUUGAUUCACAGCUGGAGAAAGUGCACAGCCUCUUCCGGCGGCAGCUGGCGAUCCCACUGUUUGAUAUGGAGGCCACCUUCGCAGAGUAUGGAGAGUGGUCAGAAGACCCCAUACCAGAGCCUGUACUUCAGAGCUACCAGAAGGCGCUGGGGCAGCUGGAGAAGUACAAGCCGUACGAGGAAGCGCUGUUGCAAGCAGAGGCUCCAAGGCUGGCGGAAUACCAAGCGUACAUCGAUUUUGAAAUGAAAAUUGGGGAUCCUGCUCGCAUUCAGUUGAUCUUUGAGCGUGCCCUGGUGGAGAACUGCCUGGUCCCAGACUUAUGGAUCCGCUACAGUCAGUACCUAGAUCGACAGCUGAAAGUCAAGGACUUGGUUUUGUCUGUGCACAGCCGUGCUGUGAGGAACUGCCCCUGGACAGUUGGGCUGUGGAGCCGUUACCUCUUGGCCAUGGAGAGACAUGGAGUGGACCAUCAAACCAUUUCUGCGACCUUUGAGAACGCUCUGAGUGCUGGCUUCAUCCAGGCCACUGACUAUGUGGAGAUCUGGCAGGUGUACCUGGACUACCUGAGGAGAAGGGUCGACUUCAGACAAGACUCUAGCAAGGAGCUGGAAGAGCUGCGGUCCAUGUUCACUCGUGCUCUGGAGUAUCUGCAGCAAGAGGUGGAGGAGCGGUUCAGCGAGAGUGGAGAUCCGAGCUGCGUGAUCAUGCAGAGCUGGGCUAGGAUUGAGGCUCGCCUGUGCAAUAACAUGCAAAAAGCCCGUGAGCUGUGGGACAGCAUCAUGACCAGAGGGAAUGCCAAGUUCGCGAACAUGUGGCUGGAGUAUUACAGCCUGGAACGGGCACAUGGGGACACGCAGCACUGUCGGAAGGCUCUGCACCGGGCUGUCCAGUGCACCACUGACUACCCUGAGCAUGUCUGUGAGGUGUUGCUCACCAUGGAGAGGACAGAAGGAACAUUGGAAGAUUGGGAUGUGGCCAUUCAGAAAACAGAAACGCGUUUGGCUCGUGUGAAUGAGCAAAGAAUGAAGGCUGCAGAGAAGGAAGCGGCUCUGGUACAGCAGGAAGAGGGAAGGGCCGAGCAGAGGAAGAAGGUGCGGGCCGAGAGGAAAGCCCUGAAAAAGAAGAAAAAGGCCCGAGUUGCAGACAAACGCAAGGCGGAGGAGGAGGAGGACAGAGAGUGGGGCGAAGAGGAGGAAGAGCAGCCUUCCAAGCGCAGGAAGCUGGAGAACAGUUUGGCUUCUGGAGCGGCUUCGGCUGUGGAGGAGAAAACAGAGCUCUCUGGGGGAUGCUUAACGAUAGACGUUGGUCCUCCUUCCAAGCAGAAAGAGAAGGCAGCCUCCCUCAAGAGGGACAUGCCCAAGGUGGCUCACGACAGCAGUAAGGACAAUGUCACCGUCUUUGUCAGCAACCUGCCCUACAGCAUCGAAGAGCCAGAGGUGAAGCUCAGACCUCUGUUUGAGGCCUGUGGGGAGGUGGUCCAGAUCAGGCCCAUCUUCAGCAACCGUGGGGACUUCCGGGGCUACUGCUACGUGGAGUUUAAAGAGGAGAAGUCAGCCCGACAGGCCCUGGAGCUGGACAGGAAGAAUGUGGAAGGAAGGCCAAUGUUUGUGUCCCCCUGUGUGGAUAAGAGCAAAAACCCCGAUUUUAAGGUGUUCAGAUACAGCACCACCCUGGAGAAACACAAGCUCUUCAUCUCGGGCCUGCCCUUCUCCUGCACCAGAGACGAACUGGAAGACAUCUGCAAGGCCCACGGCACCGUGAAGGACCUCAGGCUGGUGACCAACAGGGCUGGCAAGCCAAAGGGCCUGGCCUACGUGGAAUAUGAAAACGAGGCGCAGGCGUCCCAGGCUGUCAUGAAGAUGGACGGCAUGACUGUCAAGGAGAAUGUCAUUAAGGUGGCUAUCAGCAAUCCCCCGCAGCGGAAAGCUCCAGAGAAGCCGGAAGUGAGGACAGCACCUGGAGCCCCCAUGGUGCCCCGGCAGAUGUAUGGAGCGCGCGGGAAGGGAAGGACACAGCUGGCUCUUCUUCCUCGGGCGCUGCAGCGCCAGAGUGCUGCUCCUCAGGCUGAGAACGGCCCAGCUCCGGGGCCAGCAGGCUCCACCUCUGUGGCCACCGAGGCUCCUAAGAUGUCCAAUGCUGAUUUUGCGAAGUUGCUUCUGAGAAAGUGAGCAGGACUCUGUGAGAUGGGAAAUGCCUUACUUACUCCUUUGUGCUGGCCAGGCCGGCGCUGCGGGCCCUGGAGACAAGGGCUGGGCUCUCACCUGGGCUCCCACAGGCUCUCCUCUGGUAUAGACGGGAAGGGAAAGCCCAUACUGAGCAUGGCGGUGAGGAAUGUUCCCUCACAUUGAGGGCGGAGGCCAACCACUCUACAGGCUGUCCCAAGGUACUUCAGUGUCCUAACUAACAAGGAGGGAACCUGGUUUUGGGGACCCACUUGUCCUGAUGCUUUCACCACCUCUGGCCCUUUUUCUACGAACUCCCUUCCCCAGCCCCACAUGGCCCGCG